AUGUUAAAAAAUUUUUCGACAUAUUUUGUAUUAUGGGUUUUACUUCAAUUGCUUGUUGAAAUUAAUUGUCAAAUGAAACCCCCUCAACGAGAUUUUCAUACCGCUACACAUAUUGAUGACAAAUUAUAUAUUUUGGGAGGAGAAGUUGAAGGUUCACAUA